UGGAACCGUGCUCAUCAAGUGAUGGUUUGUCUGUCGUUUCGGAUGGUCUUUGUGAUUUCUCCUUCUCUUCUUUCUUCUUCAGUUUAUGCGCUACGGCGCAAUCUAACGACACCGGCGACAUAUUCCAACAGCAUCAUCUUGAGUUCACUACAGGUGCCGAUCCCCUACGGCAACAGACGAGACAUCUUCAAGGACGGCAACAAGCGAGCGAGAUGGCCUCAGGGUUCUCAUAGCCCACCCACCACAAACCUAGAGCCUCGGAGCGAUUCCAAUGGAUCCAUCGCAUCUUCAGGGAUCGUCUUCGUCCCAAGUCAGAGACCAAACCGGGAAGGCCCCGGAGGUGUACUGGGCAGAUGAUGAUCGGGAGGAUGAGCGAGGGAACGAUACAAGCGAUAACGCAGAAGACUCUCAGUACACUUUCUUUCGUGAAGGGACACCAACGCCGCCAGAACAAAACGAUGAGCAUGAGAAGGGAAGUUAUGCGGCCUCUCGGUCUACGGUCGGCGGCAGUCUUCCGCCGGCUGAAGACUCUCGAGGCUGUAUCGGCAGAUAUCAACAGAGAUGGGGAAUCAGAAGAGGCGUCCUGUGGGCGAUCAUUAUAGCGGUGAUAGUGCUUGCUAUUGUGCUUCCCCUGAGUGUGGGCCUUGGUGUUGGCUUAUCGAGGUCGUCAAAGUUGUCGGCCAGUACAACAGCACCUGGACCAUCAAGCUCACAAACCGCCCUUCCUAUAUCAAGCAGUCCUAAACCUUCCCCCAGCUCCUCGAUCAUUCCCAGUCAUUCUCAAACGGCAGUCUCAACCGCAACAACUACCCCAAGCAGCACAACCUCGUCGUCAAACAACAAACCAAGACCAACAGCAUACUCUGACUGUCCCGCCGCCAACAACACGAUGCAGAGGAUCCCCGGGCUAGCGAAAGACUUUCUGCGCCUGUGUGGAGUGGACUACACCGCAAACGACCUCGGCAACUUUCUCGCCGGCAAUAUGGCCGAGUGUAUAGAUGCCUGUGCGGCCAUGGAGAGGUGUACCGGCUGCUCUUGGGGGUAUCUGGACGGUGACAAGGGCAACAAGCAUCGGUGCUGGUUGAAGGGUAGUUUGCAGACUGCUAGGGAGCAACCGAGUGAUUAGUGUUUUGCGAUGAUUCCGCGAUGAUUCCACGGUGAUUCUUGGCGAGAUGAGGUUGAAGUCAUGAUGUGUUAAUAUGACUGGGAAGUUGAAGAAGAUGGAAGAGGGAAGAUGAUGGACGAUG